GAUGUUUCUCUUUUCCUACAGACCUGCUUCUGCUGCUCCUGCGAUGCUGCUGCUGCUGCUGUGAGUCCUCCGGGUAGACAGGGGGCGCGCGGGUGCGGGGAGUGCUUCUCUGGUCUGUCACUGAGAGAGGAGAGGAGUCGUGGAGGUACUCGCGUGAUUAUGGUGCUGAAGGAGAUUCCCGCUGAAAAUAUUACCCGACCCCUGGGUCGCAAUGAGGUCAUUGGUUUACUCUUCCGCCUCACGAUAUUUGGUGCUGUCACUUAUUUCACCAUAAAGUGGAUGGUAGACGCUAUUGAUCCUACGCGAAAGCAAAAGGUUGAAGCACAGAAGCAGGCAGAGAAGCUGAUGCGGCAGAUCGGAGUGCAGAAUGUCAAGCUCUCAGAAUAUGAGAUGAGCAUUGCAGCACAUCUGGUGGACCCAUUAACUAUGCAGAUUACAUGGAGAGAUAUAGCUGGCCUGGAUGAAGUCAUAACUGAGCUGAAGGACACAGUCAUUUUACCCAUCCAGAAAAGGCAUCUGUUUGAAGGGUCCAGACUGCUUCAGCCUCCCAAAGGAGUUCUUCUCUAUGGUCCUCCAGGCUGUGGGAAAACUCUGAUAGCUAAAGCCACAGCCAAAGAGGCCGGAUUCCGCUUCAUCAACCUGCAGCCCUCCACCCUGACCGAUAAGUGGUACGGCGAGUCCCAGAAACUGGCUGCUGCCGUCUUCUCAUUGGCAAUCAAGCUCCAGCCCUCUAUCAUCUUUAUUGACGAGAUUGACUCCUUCUUAAGAAGCCGUUCCAGCUCAGACCAUGAGGCCACUGCUAUGAUGAAGGCUCAGUUCAUGAGCUUAUGGGAUGGACUAGACACAGACUUCAACUGUCAGGUCAUAAUUAUGGGGGCCACCAACCGCCCUCAGGACUUGGACUCGGCUAUACUCCGCAGGAUGCCCACUCGUUUUCACAUAAAUCAGCCUAGCAUCAAGCAACGGGAAGCAAUACUGAAACUUAUCUUGGAUAAUGAGAAUGUGGAGGCUGCAGUGGAUCUGUGUGAAAUAGCAAAAGAGACCGAUGGCUUCUCAGGAAGUGACCUCAGAGAGAUGUGUCGAGAUGCAGCUCUUCUCUGUGUACGGGACUUUGUGCACAAUGCUGAGCCUGAGGGCAUUCCAGAGAAUGACUACAUCCGACCCAUCCAGCAGUCUGACCUUCGAAAAGCCAUUGAAAAGAUGAAGAGGUCGAAAACGGCAGGAGUGCCAAAUAUGUUGAUGCAUCCAGCUUUGGAUUGAAACUACUGAAACUACUUUUAAGGUGAACUGUUUCCCUAGAAAGUCCUUUUUUUUUUUUUUUCAUUUUUUUAAGUUACACCUCACACAAAGUUCAGUUGGUUUGCAGAGGAAGAUGAUUUGGUUCUGUGCUCUGUAAAACAGAAUGUUGAAUCAUUUAUUCUGACCUAUAUUUGCACUGGUUGUCCAGCAUACCUUGUCCCUAUCAUACCCCAUCUGGAAAUCAGGCUGUUUUCUGGUCUUCUGGUGCCCUGGAUGGUUAAAUCAAGUCCAUGACUUUUUAUACAUCUGCUAACAUUAGAAUUCACUAGAGGGCAAAUAUCACAGUGGCUACUAAUAAACCAUAUACACAGAUCAGCUAUAACAAUAAAACCUGCCUAAUAUUGCAAAGGCCACAAAGCAUCUAUGAAGUGAAGUGAAGUGACACAGACUCAACAAGACCUAAAAAUGUUCUGAGGUGUUUAGUAACAAAAUAUAAGCUAAACGUAUCUUUUAAUUCUGUAAGUUUUGAGGUGGUGCUUCACAUCAUUGCAUCAGUAUUUAAAUAACUGUAGUAUUUAAUUUGCAUUUUUUAAGAAGAAGCUGCACAAUAUUUUACCAUAUUGCUAGCCCUAGUUAAUUGUAUUUCCUCCCAAAAAAUGCAGCCUGAUACAGGUAUCUGUUGGCUGAUGUAGCAGAGCUGAGGAUCCAACGUUUUCCUUCGGUUGGCUGACAUCAUGUCAGAGAAGGCCUGUGCCUGUUUGUUGGGGCAUUGCAAGUGUUGGGUGGAGUUCAUAUGAAGGGUUUGGGUAAUUUGCCUUUCAAAGGGUUACAGAUUAGAAAUAAAAUGUAUUUUAAAAAAUAUGGUUCCUACCAAUUGCAAAAAGAUAAUCGGUGUUGUUCACUUACCACCUGCCAGUGGUGAUGAAGUUUAAUGUUAUAGCUGAUCUGUGUAUUUAGUCAAUUAAUUUCUUCUCUUUCAGCUCCACGUAGAUUGAUGUUCUUUAGGUUCUUAAGGAUUAAAGAUUAAAACCACUUCUACAAGUCAUUUUGAAAUUUGUCUGCCUGAGAGAGAACAUUUUGGAAGAAACCUAACAUGUGCCACGUGAAAUGUAUAUAGCACCUUUUGAAGUCUCAUGCCAUCACUGAUUUCAGGUGAUAAAAGAAUAAAUGAAUCAGGUUCGGUCAUGAUUGCUUUGUUUCUCAGCACAUUGUUUAGGUUGCAGCCCUGGUUUGAGUUUAGAGUUUCUGCUUCUGAAAUUGGAAGCUGGAUAUUCUGUAAUAAGUUUACGUUCAAGGCCUUUUUAGACUUUAAUACGAACUGUGUGUUUGGGUUUCAGGGUUGAACAAUCCUGAACAGAUCUCUUGUGCUGUAUGAUGUACUAUUUUCUGUAUAUUUAUUUGCAAUAACAAUAAACAUGUACAGAAUAUCAUUAGUUAAUGACUUAAUUAAUGUAUUAUUACAUUGUUUCUUGCCUAUAUGUUUUGUGCAGCCCAUGUCUGAUGAGCUACCACAUUACUUACUGUAAAAUGCUGAUGUGAUGUGCUGAUAUCUUCUCCCUUUUUUCCUGCUGUGAGAGGAUGGAAAUGUAUGCAGUAAACCUUUUUUCAUUUUUCUUAAAAUUAAAAAAAAAAAAAAGAUAAAAAAAAUAUGCAGAGUGGAAUGGAGGUUGGCAAAAGUACCUCGAUAUCCUCAAGAGAUUGUAUGGCUCUGUGGGUUUGAAACUGGGUCUUAGGAAUGGUCCACAUUUUGUUCUGAAAAAUCUCAACUGUCUAGGGUUUUUGAUCUUGUUUGAGAAACUACUGGUAUAGAUAAUAUUGUUGCAAUUGUGUAAAAACCCUGUGUCUUUUCAAGGACUUAACUGGCAACUUUACAGGGGACCAGGGAAAAUAGAUCUCACCUCACAUUUCCCAUGUGGUUUUGGAGCAUUUCUAUGAAGCUAUAAAAAAUGAACUGAGAUUAAAAACAGCAACAAUGGAGAUACAAUGUUUUUGCAUGACAGUAACAAUAUGUAAUAUUAAAAGACUUUCUAUACCUGAAUGGAACUGCUGAAUCAUUUCCCUCCUCAUUUGCUUGGAAUGUAAAAUAGCAAGAGUAAGAAAACCUGUAACAGUUUGGAUACACACAUGAACUUGAAUUUGUGCACUGCUGGGUUUUAUUUAAAAUAUCACAUCCUGUACAGGAUUUUCUUUUUUCUUCCUGUGAAAAAUGAUACAAACUCAGCAAAAAGGAGUAACAUCAAGUAUGCAUAAAAAGAUACAGUUAAAAAUCUACAUUCUUUUUCUGUAAUAAUAAAUAUGUUUAGGUUGUUACUUUAACAAGAAAAGCCAAUAAAUAUGUUUUUUGCUUCUUCAA